AGAUUAAUAUUCUGUUCUAAUUUUGAUGUCCAUACUCCAUUUUAUCAAUUAAUUUUGAAAUAAUUACUCGUCUAUAUAUGUACAACUUUUAAGUACUACAUUAAUACACUAAUUAAUAACACAUCAAAACAGACUAAAUAUCAGUUUUGAAAUCGUAAUACAUUUCAUUUUGAUUAGAAUGCUUAAAUCUUUGAGGAAUAAACGUUCUUUGACCGAUAAAAUUGGUUCUAACAAAGUUGAAAAUAAUGCACAAGUUGCCAAAAAAAGAAAACAUUUGACAAUAAAAUCUGAUAUUAAUGAAAAACCUACAAAUUCUGAUUGGAUGCCACCAAAUUGGGAAAAUACAUUGAAUAAUAUAAGAAAAAUGCGUAAAGAAAUUGUUGCACCUGUAGACAACAUGGGAUGUGACCAAGCUGCAGACCUAAAUGAAUCACCGGAAGUGAUUAGGUAUCAUGUACUAAUCUCAUUGAUGUUAUCGAGUCAAACAAAAGAUGAAGUUAAUUUUGCAGCCAUGCAACGUUUGAAACAGCAUGGCCUGACUGUUGAUAAUAUUUUAGAAAUUUCAGACAAAAAUUUGGGAGAACUUAUUUAUCCUGUUGGAUUUUGGAAGAGGAAAGUUGAGUAUAUUAAGCGUACAACUCGCAUAUUAAAAGACACAUAUAAUGGUGAUAUACCAAGCACAAUAAAAGAUCUAUGUCAGUUGCCUGGCGUAGGACCUAAAAUGGCUCAUCUCUGUAUGAGUUGUGCCUGGAAUGAAGUUACUGGAAUUGGUGUAGAUACUCAUGUACACAGAAUAAGUAAUCGCUUGGGAUGGGUUAAGAAAACUACCAAGACACCAGAAAAUACACGUAUUGAAUUAGAAUCUUGGUUACCUAAAGAUCUUUGGCGUGAAGUUAAUCACAUGUUAGUUGGAUUUGGGCAGACUAUAUGCAGACCUGUAGGUCCUCGUUGUACCUCUUGUUUAAACAAAACAACUUGUCCUUCUGCUGUAUUAAAUAGCCCAUCAAAAAAAAAGGAUUAAAUAUUUAUUAAUUAUUGUCCUAUUUUAAGUAUUAUUAAAAUCUCAUUGUUAUUAUCUAUUUUUUUUUUAUUAAUUAUCAUGAUUUACUAAUAAUUUUUUAUAAAAAAGCAUAUUUUUUUCACUCAUUUUAUAACAAAUGUUUUCAUUAAUAUAUUACCUUCUAAAUGUUA